UAUCGUUGCAGAAACAUAAUGGGCAAUACAAAAUCUACUUACUACGGCUUUUUUAAAGAGGAGGAGGUAAAAGAACUUUCUUCACUUUACAAUGAAAAGGGCUUUGAAGCAGUUGUUUCCAGAAUUAAAGAAAAGAAUGAAGCUCUAGAAAAUGAAACACUGAAAAUUGCAGUUACUGGAGAGUCUGGCGUGGGCAAAUCUGCCUUAAUCAAUGCCAUGAGGGGUCUGAGAGAUGGUGACCCGGGUGCAGCUGAAGAGGGGUGUACAGAGCAAACUAUGAAGGUCACAGCUUAUCAACACCCACAACUGCCAACUGUCUGUUUUUAUGACCUCCCUGGUGUUGGCACUACUAAAUUUCCAAGUACAACAUAUGUCGAAAAACUUGAACUUGACAAAUACGAUGUUUUCCUUAUUGUUUUGGGAGUGAGGUUCAUGGAAAAUGAUGUGUUUCUUGCUAGAAAAAUAACUGAAAUGGGAAAGAAGAUUUACUUCUUACGCAGCAAAAUAGACUUUGAAAUGGAAAAUCUAGAAAAACAGAACCGACAACAAGACAGGGAGAGAGAAUUCGACAAAAUCAGACAGUACUGCAUCGAAAAGCUGGAGAAGAACAAGUUCCCUUCACAAGAGGUCUUCCUGGUGUCCAGUUACCGUAUGAAUGACUUUGAUUUUCUCAGAUUGUGUGAAGUGGUGAAAUCUGAUCUGAGUGAGAACAAGAGGCAUGUAUUUAACCUCUCCCUGCCCAAUUUCAGCACUGCUGUCAUUGAAAUGAAAAAGGCCAGUCUACACCGAAAAAUUCUGGGAGCUGCUGCGGCUUCAUUUGCCGGAGGUGCAUGUCCUAUUCCUGGAGUGUCUAUAGCUUGUGAUAUCGCCAUUUUAGUAAAAACAUUUCUGGAAAUACGGAAAAGCUUUGACCUGGAUGAUAACUCACUUGGAAGCCUUGCUUUGAAAGUUGGGAAACCUGUUGAAGUCCUCAAAGCAGAAGUCAAGAAUCCUUUUAUCUCUGAUAUCACUAUCACAUCAGUCCUAAGACUCAUUUCUUGUUCAGCUGCUGCUAUUGUUAUGGCUGCUGAAGAAGCAAUUCACUUUAUCCCGAUUGUUGGAUCUGUUGUUGGGGCGCCUGUGUCUUUUCUAACUACCUACGGCAUCCUGAGAAAUUCACUUGAUGAAUUUGGAAAGUCAGCAGUGAGGGUGAUUAUAAAGGCCACAAAGAAGUAAUUCCAAGUUCACAUCAUGAGCUGAAAGCUUUAAUUCUGUACAUGAAACAGACCUUCAACAAUCUGAUAUAUCAACUGCCUGUAAUUUAGGGCCUUUCUUAAUUGAUUUGCAUGGAGAAGUUUAGUGAGUGUGAUAUGCUUUUAUUUCUAAAUGUGUAACUGCAGUGUCAAAAACAAAUAGAGAACAUUAAUUUGAUUCCAAAAAUAAUAAAGAGAUAUCAAUUUUAA